UGUGGUAGAGGAGCACAGAUUCCGUCUAACGGAGAAGCACGGAAAGAGAAAACGGGCGAGAAACAUGAGUCGAAGUCGCCCCGGUGAAGGUUUCCAUCAUGAAGGAAUAUAAACCUCCGACAUUUGUGAUUAAAAGAAGCGGCGGAGGACGCGAGGUGUGAGUGGAAGGAGAGCGGAAGCGCACGAACGAAGUGGCGCGUCCAGAAGCGACUGCAGGCGUCUGACAGCGAGCUCAGGAACUCCGCUGAAUGUUGGUCUGUGUAACUCCACUUUGAGACGAGUUUUCAAGGUUCCUUUUUUUGUUUUGGUUCGUCGCGGUUUAGACUUUGUUUGUGGUCUUAUUUCGGUGCCAUUUACCUCGGCGGUGCGACUCCUUCCUGGAUCGAGUUGCCGUGGUAAACAGAGGUCGAGUGUGGAAGCAGUGUCUGUAAAAGCAGGCCGUCAGCGGCUUGUCAUGUUGCUCUUUUUAACACGCGGAAACGUUUGGCUUCUGACACAACGGCUUGGAUUCAAACUUUUUUAAACCCAGUUUCUUCACCACUGGUGACCCCCAAAGGACGGGGCCCGUACAGGGAGUUGCAGCUUGGACGGUCCUGUCAGAAGAACUUUGUCUGGAACUACACGUCUUUGUGAAAUCGAUACGCUGCAGUGGACGGCUUUGUUUACACGUAUCUGUGUUGUCACAGUGUUUCAGGAUUGCAUUAUUUUAUGGUUUCAAAAGGACCACCUUGUAUGCAGACUGUAGGCAGGUCAAGGGGGGCAGAGUGACCCUGGCAGCUCUCUGGCUCUGUGGCUGUACAGACUGUGUGACAUCGUCAGUGCAUGGCUGUGUGUGUGUCACUGGAUUAAUCUGAGUGAUAACAUCACUCCACACUGCUCCACUCUGACCAGUGACCAGUACCCCCCCUCCAGAAAGCGCCAGUAAUUGGAGCUAUUUUUAGUGUAAGGGAUGGGGUAAAAGCAGGCAGCUGGAAACCCAACUCCCCUCCUCCUCCUUCUCUUGUCCCUUCUGUCACACUACCUUGCUCAGCCCACCUGGCAGUAUGCUGGGUAAGCCUGGUUAGCAACACAGACUUGACUUACAGCUAGGUAAUGUGCUCCAUUACUAGGCUGGAAGAAUAACAAAAGUUGGAUUUCCUGCUGAAUAAUUGUGUCCAAACUUACCCUGGAGUUUUGUUAACGUGGGGGUAUCAGUUGUACUGUGUUCUACUGGAUACGCCUGCGCUGGACAUACAUUUUGGAACACUACUUAGAAGAUGUCUGAAGGACUACUAACUGUGUACUUGUGGUUAAACCUGUUGUGGACUAAGUGAACAUAUAAUAAGCAAGUAGAGUCUAUGCCUUUACCCCUUAGCUGUUUAGCUCAAACUCUUAAAUCGGAGUAGCCACUUGUUAACAUAGUAUAUUAUAGGAGAAACCUACCUUCGACUACCUACAACAUUGGUCACCAGCGGUCUGGAGGGGCACAAACCUCCAGCACACAUAAAGAAUGCAUGAAACUGCCGAAACAGACAUAAAUAAAAGCUAUCCUGACUAACCAAAUAUCCUAUUUCCUCCCACUCCCCAUACCCACAGAGAAACAAAAUAUAUAUGUAGAAUGAGAGAUUAUAUCUUUAGUGUAACUUCACAGAAUACAGAGAUCGCAUCCUUUAUAUUUUUACUUCAGAGAGACAAGCUGCCUGUACACCAGUUGGUUGCCUUAGAAACCACAGUCACAAAAAAAUCUUACAAGAGAAAUAAGCCAGAGAAGACGGUGCCUUUUGAUUGGUCGGUUGGUUUCCCACCAUUUCAAGAUUCGUUGAUUUAGUUGGAUGUAAACUGUUGAAGUGAACUCUGGGAUUGAAAACACGCCUGAUGACAGUUACCCGACCCCUUACAAGCCCCGCCCACCUGUCAGAGUGUUUUGACUGACAGUAUUUCCUUGCUGGAUUGAACAAUUGCCAAGCAUUUCCAUGGUGAUCACGUCAUCAUCUGUGGAGGACAAGACCGUGCCCUCUUGCAGGAUGGUCCAGUCCGAACCGUGGAUAACCUCUGCCCUGCUUCGCAAGAACAAGAGUGUAAGCAGCUCAGGAUGUCCGCCCACCUCCUCCUCCUCCUCCUCCUCCUCCUCCUCCUCCUCCACUGCCCAGGGCUUCUCCCUCGCUGAGCCAGCCAUGACCAGCCAGCACACACAUACACACCCCAACUUCAGCUCCAUCCACUCCAUGGCCGAGCAGCAGCAGGUGCUGUCUGAUAUGACCAUACUCCAGCGGAGGAUCCCCCCCAGUUUCAGAGACCCUGCCAGCGCCCCACUGAGGAAACUCUCUGUUGACCUCAUCAAAACUUACAAGCACAUCAAUGAGGUGUACUAUACUAAAAAGAAGCGGCGGGCCCAGCAGGUCCCUCCAGAGGACAGCAGCACCAAGAAGGAGAGGAAAGUCUACAAUGAUGGUUAUGACGACGACAACUACGACUAUAUUGUGAAAAAUGGAGAGAAGUGGCUGGACCGCUAUGAGAUAGACUCGCUGAUUGGGAAGGGCUCCUUCGGACAGGUUGUGAAGGCCUACGACCACCAUGAGCAGGAGUGGGUUGCCAUAAAGAUCAUCAAGAACAAAAAGGCAUUUCUAAACCAGGCACAGAUUGAACUACGCCUGCUGGAGCUCAUGAACAAGCAUGACACCGAGAUGAAAUAUUACAUAGUCCACCUGAAGCGUCACUUUAUGUUUAGGAACCAUCUCUGUUUGGUGUUUGAGUUGCUGAGCUACAACCUCUAUGAUCUGCUGAGGAACACCAACUUCAGAGGAGUCUCCCUCAACCUCACCAGGAAAUUUGCACAGCAGCUCUGUACAGCGUUAUUAUUCCUGGCCACUCCGGAGCUGUCAAUCAUCCACUGCGACCUGAAACCAGAGAACAUCCUGCUGUGUAACCCCAAGAGAUCUGCCAUCAAGAUAGUCGACUUUGGUUCCUCCUGCCAGCUCGGACAGAGGAUCUAUCAGUACAUCCAGAGCAGGUUCUACCGCUCUCCUGAGGUUCUGUUGGGAAUGCCGUAUGACUUGGCCAUCGACAUGUGGUCUCUGGGAUGCAUCCUGGUGGAGAUGCACACAGGAGAGCCUCUCUUCAGCGGCUCCAAUGAGGUCGACCAGAUGAAUAAGAUUGUGGAGGUCCUGGGAGUCCCUCCCAGCCACAUGUUAGAUGCAGCUCCUAAAGCCAGGAAGUAUUUUGACAAGCUUUCAGACGGCCUGUGGACAGUGAAGAAGAACAAGGACAUCAAGAAGGAGUAUAAGCCCCCAGCCACGCGGCGUCUCCAUGAGAUUCUAGGUGUGGAGACCGGGGGCCCAGGGGGCAGAAGGGCAGGAGAGCCAGGACACGCCCCGUGCGACUACCUGAAAUUUAAAGACUUGAUUCUGCGCAUGUUGGACUAUGACCCUAAAAGCCGCAUCACGCCAUUCUACGCCCUGCAGCACAAUUUCUUCAAGAAGACGACAGAUGAAGGAACUAACACCAGUUCAUCGACAUCCACCUCUCCUGCCAUGGACCACUCCCAUUCAACCUCCACUACUAGCUCUGUUUCCAGCUCUGGUGGCUCCAGUGGUUCUUCCAAUGACAACCGCAACUACCGCUACAGUAACCGCUACUACAACUCUGCUGUUACACAUUCAGACUAUGAGAUGACCAGCCCUCAGGCUCCCUCCCAGCAGCAGAUGAGGAUGUGGCCAGGCAGUGAUGGUGGAGGUGGGGGUCAGGACCCAGCAUACACCCAGUUGCUGCUCCACAAGCCGGCUGCCACCCAGCAACACCAGCGCCACUUCCUGGACGCCGCCCACCACCCCCACCCGACUUACUCCCACCACGGGAAUGGUGGGCGUGGCCUGCGGCAGAGCGGACAGACGGGCAUCGGUGGAGGGGGGGGCCAACAGGGAUCCUCGCCCCAGAUGAGUGACAGCAUGGAUGUGGGCGUGUCCCUAGGGCUGCACCACCUGGGGGCGGUGUCUUCCAUGGAGGCCUCUCAGUUUGGCUCAGCCUCCUUGCCCCUUGCUCUGCCAAUUGGACUGUCUGCCUUCCGGACUCGGACGGCCCCCACCGCCCCAGGGCCACAAGCCCCGACCCCUGAGGACUACUACCCUGCCUCCAACAACAAUAACCCCGCUGCGGGGGGCAGAGGGAGGCCGGACUCAGACGAGGGGCCAGCCAACUCUUGAUAAAACCUGAACCAUGCCCUAAAGCCAUACAAUUUUAACUACAACUACUACAACUACACACAAACAGCCAGAGUUCAGAGACAAAGAGUUGAACUUUGUGCUGAAAGAGACAGUUUCUACUGCAUGAGAGGAGGAGGAGGAAGGAGGAGGAUGCUGGGAAAACUCUCCUUUUAUCCGGUUUUAGUUUGUUGUCUUUUUUUGCAACUGUAAUUGGAAAAGGAAUGAUUGUGACAAGUUUGUUUUUAUUAAUAUUAUUAUUAUUGUUGUUUAAUAUUUGAUUUUUUUCUUUCUCGGGUUUGAGGAGUUGUGUGUUCUACUUGGUUGUUGUUUAAGCCUGGAGAGGAGGAGGAGGACGACGAAGAGGAAAGAGAGGAGCCAUGCUUUUCCACUGUCAGUGGACAGAGAGCACAUGUUCACACUGGUUAGUUUUUGUUUUUUUUUGUUCUUUUUUAGCAUUUUUCAUAAUUUUGCAGCCUUUAGAGGUGAGCAGUCUUAACACACACAAACACACACGCACAUACAUACAUAUAUAUAUUAUAUGUAUACAUAUAUAUGUAUGUAUUACCGCUGCAUCAAGAAGACAGAAGCUGGUUUCAAAGGGAGAAAACACCAACAUAUUGUAUGUUUGAUUCAGGACUCAUGGAUUCUCUCUCCUGUCUGUGUUCAGCUCACUUUUUCUUUGACUUCGUGUCCUCCCUCUGUUGCUCCCCGCCUGCCUGCUCGUUGUUGCAGAAUACGGAGAGAGAGAGGGGGAGGGAGGGAGGUGGAGGGAGGAGAAGGUGACAGGACACUGAUGCUGUGCUGGUGCUCAUAGGGAUCUCCUUCUCCUCCUCAUCCUCCUCUUUUCCCCGCUCUAUUCUACAUCUCCUCCUCCUCCUGUUGUGUUUCUCCUCCAGACAGCUCCUCCUCUCUGUGCUGCUAAUCACCAUGACAACUGGUCCGGAUUGCUGCUAAAGAUCCAACACAGAUCAAUUAAAGAAAUAAAAAGAAAUAGAAACAGAAAUAAAAAAAAAAAACUUUUUAACCCUUCUGCUUAAGAGAAAAGGAUAAAGUAAGAACCACUGCAUCUCAAUGUAUUUAUUACUAUUUAACAAGAAAAAACAAACUGAAAGUAACCCUUUUUUCUGCUCUUCUUUGUUUGGUUGCCUUCUUUCUGCAGGUGAGCUCUGAUUGGCUAUUGUAACAGUGACAGUAACUGGUGACAUGGGAAUGCCACCGGUUGUGGGGGCUGGGUGGAGGGGAGGGGUUGGGGCAAAAUAAAGUUGGAUAUAUAAUAAGAAUAAAGAGUAUACUUUUGCACACCAAAGUCAAACAAACAUCAGAUCUCCACUUUUCUUCCUGCUACUGUGAUCCAGCUCAUGACCUCGUGCGUGUGGUCCAGGUAAAGCUGUGACGCUCCGCCUCACUUCCACCCAUUUGGUGUUAAUACUUAGUCAUUUUGUUCCUUUGGAAGUAGUUGGAUUUAGUUAAAACACACAGUGAACAUGGAACGCUGGAGUUUUACCGGGUAGGCCUGCUAUAUAUACUCAUCAGGGUUCCCAAGGGUCCUUGAAAUCCUUUGUGAAAAUUGAUGUGGGUCAUUGAAAGUGCUUGAAUUUUGUGCAAGAAAGUGGUUAAGUUAGGUGGCCAAUGUACACUGUCUCAGCUGUUGGCGUGAGAUUCCAAAAGAGAAGCAAGAGAGAGCAAAUUAUGUGAUGCCUGAGAAAUGCAAAUUCCAAGAUCUCUGGCUUCACUACAGAAAAGGACAAAGACUGACUUGAACCAAGAUCCCAAGGACAACCUCUUGGCCAGAUGCGGAGCUCGCUGCAAAUCAAUAAAAGUUGCCCUCCUAUCUUAA